GUUACCAAGUAUCAUGGCGGCCACCGGGACAUUUUGUGGCAGAGAUAGACCGCGGAUAGUGCUGUAUUAAACUGAACUGUGUUUAUUAUCGUAUUGCGGAUAUUUGAAUGUAAAAAGUCUUUUAAACAUGGGCACCGUGCAUGCCAGGAGUCUGGACCCCCUUCCUAUGCAAGGACCUGAACUGGGGGUUCAAGCAGAUGACCUGGACCUGGGAGAACCAGAGCAGGAAGAGAAACAGGAAGUUCUUGAAAAUAAAGAUGUUGUAGUACAGCAUGUGCACAUCGAUGGUCUUGGAAGAACAAAGGAAGACAUUUUAACAUAUGAGGUUGCAGAUGUUUUCCGUGCCAAAAACUUGAUUGAUUUAAUGAAGAAGUCCCAUGAGGCCAGACAGAAACUUUUGCGUCUGGGUAUAUUCAGACAUGUGGACGUUGUCAUUGACACCGCUGAAGGUGUUGACGCACUGCCAAAUGGACUCGAUGUGACAUUCGAGGUAAAGGAGCUGAGAAGAAUGACAGGAAGUUACAAUACCAUGGUUGGGAACAACGAGGGAAGCAUGGUGCUGGGUCUGAAAUUGCCCAAUGUUUUUGGCCGUGCAGAGAAGCUGACCUUCCAGUUCUCUUAUGGGACUAAGGAAACCUCAUAUGGCCUGUCAUUUUUCAAGCCCCAGCCUGGACACUUUGAGCGCAACUUCUCCAUUAACUUAUAUAAGGUCACAGGGCAGUUCCCAUGGAGCUCACUCAGAGAAACAGAUCGAGGGGUCUCCACAGAGUUCAGUUUCCCCAUCUGGAGGACCAAUCACACUUUGAAGUGGGAGGGUGUGUGGAGAGAGCUGGGUUGUUUGGCCCGUACGGCCUCCUUCUCUGUCAGGGAGGAGAGUGGCCAUUCCCUGAAAUCCUCACUUUCCCACACAAUGGUCAUCGACACACGCAAUUCUACCAUUCUUCCAAGAAAAGGUGCCUUACUGAAGAUCAACCAGGAACUGGCAGGUUACACUGGAGGAGAUGUCAGUUUCCUGAAGGAAGACUUUGAAAUUCAGCUCAACAAGACUCUGUUCUGGGACUUGAAGCUCAAUAUCUCGAUAUUCACAACUAAGGUUUGUUGUCUCACUUUGAUGACAGGCGAUUACCUCGGUGGGGAGGCGUAUUGGGCUGGAGGGCUUCAUCUGUACACCCCUCUCCCAUUCAGGCCAGGUAGAGGCGGCUUCGGAGAACUUUUCAGGACACAUUUCUUCCUAAAUGCCGGAAACCUGUGUAACCUCAACUAUGGGGAAGGACCCAGGGCACACCUGAGCAAGCUGGCCGAAUGUAUCCGCUGGUCUUAUGGAGCGGGUAUUGUGUUGCGUCUAGGGAACAUCGCUCGGCUGGAGCUCAACUACUGCAUUCCCAUGGGCGUCCAGAGGGGAGACAGGAUAUGUGAUGGAGUGCAGUUUGGGGUGCUCUCUACCUCUCUGUGGGGCGGUAUGUUGCUGCCCCUUGGAGACAAACCCUCCUCUAUCGCUGACAG